AUGGGGGGCUCCCACGCCCCCAGCGCCUCCGGCCUCGCCACGGCCAAGCCCGGCUCGCUGGCGGCGGGCGGCGGCGGCGGCGCUUCCUCGUCGUCGUCCGGGCCGGCCUACGGCGGCUGCAAGAACGGGGCCCUGAUGGACAGCUUCGGCAUCUUCCUGCAGGGGCUGCUGGCGGUGGUGGCCUUUAGCACUCUCAUGCUGAAACGCUUCAGAGAACCAAAGCAUGAAAGACGGCCUUGGAGGAUAUGGUUUUUGGAUACUUCAAAACAAGCCAUAGGGAUGUUGUUCAUCCACUUUGCCAAUGUGUAUUUAUCAGACCUUACUGGAGAGGACCCUUGUUCGCUGUACCUCAUCAACUUUCUGUUAGAUGCCACCUUAGGAAUGCUGCUCAUUUAUGCUGGUGUGCGGGCAGUAAGCUGCAUUGUUGAAUGGCGGCAAUGGGAGUCUCUUCGCUUUGGUGAAUAUGGUGACCCGCUGCAGUGCGGUGCUUGGGUGGGCCAGUGUGCAUUGUACAUAGUGAUCAUGAUGUUUGAGAAAACAAUCAUCAUUAUAGUCCUUCUAAUACCUCAGUGGAAAGAGGUAGCUUUGUUGAAUCCUAUAGAAAACCCUGAGUUGGAGCUGGCUAUCGUCAUGCUGAUAGUCCCCUUCUUUGUUAAUGCAUUAAUGUUUUGGGUAGUUGAUAACUUCCUUAUGAAGAAAGGGAAAACGAAAGCUAAGCUUGAAGAGAAAGAAGCCGGACUAGAUUCGAGGAAUGGAAGCAAAGUUCGAUACAGGAGAGCAGCCUCACAUGAGGAAUCUGAGUCAGAGAUCCUAAUUUCAGCGGAUGAUGAAAUGGAAGAAUCUGAUGUUGAAGAAGAUCUUAGAAGACUUACUAAUUUAAAGUCUGUUAAGAAAAAGAAGCAUCGAUUUGGUCUGCCUGUAUGACAGAGUCUAUACCCUGCAAAAUUGCAGGUUUUAAUGGCAAGAUUUUCCGUGGACAGUGGAUUUUCACUUUGCAUCAGUAUGCCUGUUGGCUGGAAACUGAAUCAAGAAAGAUCUGUAAACAGGACGCAGAAGGUUAAAAAAUGUACCUGUUCAGUUGCACUAUGGAA